AUGAACAUCCGCCGUGCUCGGCCAGAUGACCUGAUGAACAUGCAACACUGCAACCUCCUUUGCCUUCCUGAGAACUACCAGAUGAAGUACUAUUUCUAUCAUGGCCUCUCUUGGCCCCAGCUCUCCUACAUUGCUGAGGAUGAGGAUGGGAAGAUCGUGGGUUAUGUCCUGGCCAAAAUGGAAGAGGAUCCUGAUGAUGUCCCUCAUGGACACAUCACCUCACUGGCUGUGAAACGCUCCCACCGGCGCCUUGGCCUGGCCCAGAAGCUGAUGGACCAGGCCUCACGGGCCAUGAUUGAGAACUUCAGCGCUAAGUAUGUAUCCCUGCAUGUCAGGAAGAGCAACCGAGCAGCCUUGCACCUUUACUCCAACACCCUGAACUUCCAGGUUAGUGAGGUGGAGCCCAAGUACUAUGCAGAUGGAGAAGAUGCCUAUGCUAUGAAGCGGGAUCUCUCCCAGAUGGCAGAUGAGCUGAGACGGCAGCUGGUGCUGAAGAAGGGCAGAUACGUGGUCCUGGGCUCCAAGGAGAACCAGGGCAGCACACCCGGUUCCGAAGAGGCCUGUCAGCAGGAGAACCUGGCCGGAGAGGAUAGUGGCAGUGACAGCAAAGACAGCACUGAUGUCCAGGACAGCUUGCAAGACCUGGAGUCCACCCCCUAGAGCCCGCUGGAGCAGCACGGUUCUUGUCCUUUAGCCUGGCUAAAACACGUUUCCGAGGAACCUGCCUGUGCUCUCUACCUACUCUGGGGUCAUCUCACAGUGAUCCAAUGGCUUCUCGUUUUCAGUGCUUAGCAGCAGCCUUGCACAUAGCCUCCGCUGAUCAUGAAGGCGCUCCUGGACACAGAACCUCUGUGCAGGAGCCAGGGAAUCUCGGGGACUGCCAUCGCAGCACCUUCCUUGACUUCUUCCAUGCUGCCGUUGUAUUCUGUUUGCAGUUGUCCUGCACUGACUGUGUCUCCUGGAGGUUUUGCCUAGAAUGCCAAACAGGAAGUAGGGACAACUUGGAAGCUCCCCAGCUUUCAGCGUUUGCCAUUAUUUAUCUGGGUUUUCAUUCUUGAGUAGGCAGGGCCGUCAAGUCAGUCCUUGUGCCCUCUGCCUCUGCCUGGUGGAAGUUACCUCCUCUGGCUUUCUCUGUCUGGAAACUGCCUGUGCCCUGCCCUCCCUCCUUUUGAAGAAUGUUCCCUUUCCCAGUGGGAAAAGGCGCUAGGUAUCGGACUUCUACUCAAGCAGAAAUCAAAUUGUAAUCUCUAACCUGAAAAAAAUAAAAAUACUAGAAAGGAAUACA